CAUUCCAUUGUAAUCGUCAUCGAGAUGUAAAUGUGGCUAUUAAGUUUUUUUUUUCUCUUGUUUUGUUUUGAAGACGAAAAUUUUGCGUGUCUAUAAUUUUAGCUGAAAAACAGGUAUCAAAAUAAAUUGGCCUUGCUAUGAAUCAUUGCACUUGGAUGAUAGGAUGAGCGACAGUCAUCAUCUUGGUACUGCUCCGUCAUUGGGGGAAAUUGAGCACAUCUCCCAUCUUUCUGAAAAUAUUGGUUCCCUCUUCUGUAAUGAAAAUUACAGUGAUAUCACUUUGGUUGUUGAUGGCUUACGAAUCCCUGGCCACAAAGUUAUUCUUGCAUCUCGGAGUGAAUACUUUCGUGCUUUGCUUUACAAUGGCUUGUUAGAAACAAAUCUUACAGAAGUUGAACUGAAAGGAACUUCUCUUCCUGCAUUCAAAGUUCUUUUGAAAUAUAUAUAUACUGGUCAUAUGACCUUAGCCUCCCUUAAGGAGGAAAUGGUUCUUGAAGUUCUUGGCUUGGCUCAUCAGUACAAUUUCGUUGAACUUGAAACAGCAAUUUCUGAUUACCUGAAAGCUAUUUUAAAUAUUCGUAAUGUCUGUAUGAUUUAUGACAUGGCUAGUUUAUUUAACCUCUCUUCACUUGCUGAAGUGUGUUGCAGUUUUGUCGAUCGUAAUGCACUUGAUAUAAUACAUCAUGAAUCAUUCCUUUCUUUAUCUGCUUCCGCCUUAAGAGAAAUGAUCAGCAGGGAUUCAUUCUGUGCAUCUGAAGUUGACAUCUUUCGUGCAGUAUGUGAGUGGUCUCAGCAAAAUCCAGAUGUUGACAUGGGUGAAAUAUUAUCAGCUGUCCGUUUGCCUCUUAUGGCAGUAUCAGAGCUUCUCAAUGUGGUCAGACCAACCGGACUGGUCAGUGCAGACACAAUUUUGGAUGCAAUCAAGGACAAAACAGAGAGUCGGGACACAGAUCUGAAAUACAGAGGAUAUCUUAUGCCAGAAGAGAAUGUUGCUUCUCCCAAACAUGGUGCACAAGUGUUACAUGGAGAACUGCGAAGUGCUCUUUUGGAUGGAGAUGUCCAUACGUAUGAUAUGGAGCGAGGCUUUACCAGGCAUCCCAUUGAUGACAACAAUGGGCAAGGGAUUCUGGUCAUGUUGGGUAGACAAUGUAUAAUCAAUCACAUGAGAAUGCUCUUAUGGGAUAGAGAUAUGAGGUCAUAUUCGUAUUAUGUGGAGGUAUCGGUAGAUCAAAAAGACUGGGUUAAAGUAGUUGAUCAUACUCGAUACUUGUGUCGUUCAUGGCAGCAAUUAUAUUUUAAACCCCGUGUAGUCAGGUAUAUUAGAAUUGUUGGAACACACAAUACUGUGAAUCGAGUGUUUCACGUUGUAUCAUUUGAGUGCAUGUACACGAACAGACCUUUUAGACUUGAGAAAGAUUUACUUUACCCUGUACAUAAUAUAGCUACUGUGGCAGCAAGUGCGAUGGUUACUGAAGGAGUGAGUCGCAGUCGGAAUGCGCUUAUCAAUGGUGACACAGAAAAUUAUGACUGGGACUCUGGUUACACUUGCCAUCAACUGGGUAGUGGUGCUAUAGUUGUUCAGUUGGCUCAGCCUUUUAUAUUAGAUUCUAUGAGGAUGCUCUUAUGGGAUUGUGAUGAUAGGAGCUAUAGUUAUUAUAUAGAAGUUUCCACUGACCAGCAGAAUUGGCAUGUUGUAGUGGACAAAAAGAAAGAAGCUUGUCGUGGUUGGCAGUUAAUUACAUUUCCACCACGACCAGUAGUCUUUAUCCGAAUAGUAGGCACUCACAAUACAGCAAACGAAGUAUUCCACUGUGUGCAUUUUGAAUGCCCAGCUCAGGCUCCACUAUCUUCUUCAGCUAAUUCCUCCAACAGUAGCUUGACAGAUGUAGGUGCGGAACUUGGAAUGAAGGAAAAUAAAAUUUGUGAGAAGAAAAUUUAAAUUUUUUUCUUUUAAACUUUUGAAAAAGAAAUCUCCUAUUGAGAAAAUGUGAUAUUAAUGUAUUGCAGAAGAAAAAUGUAGAUCCUGUGAAUUCUUUCUGUCGAAGAAAUGUUUAUCAUCCUGUUCAUAUUUAAAUGUUGUCUUUUUCUACUAGGGUUUGUUGUGCGUCAGUGUGUUCUAUUUAUUUUAUAGUUUCAAGGUCUCAAUCUUAGGUGAAAAUGAAUGAGUUACAUGGCUGUUUGUAUGGUAGGAGAUGAAUGUGUGCUUGUAAAAUGCUGAAAAAUGUAUGCCUUAUUCAUGAAAAGGAAGACUUUUUGUAUGGUGGUGAUAUUCCUUACUAAACCUUUUUGCAUUUAAAUUCCCUGAUGAACCAAACUGAAUUCAUCAAGCUCUACAUUGCAUUAUGCUUAUGUCAUAUUGUUUUAGCAGCAUAUAUAUAUUUUCCAGACCUAAAAAAACAAUUUUUUUUUAAUUGAUUGAACUUAUCCUUUGUUGAAGAUGUCUUUUAUGUUUUUCUGUUCUUUUGAUUGCAUAAAAAGCAAAAGUUCGAAAAACAGUUUUUUAAGAACUCAGAUGUCAAUUUAUGAAAUAUUUUAUUCCUCAACUGUAUUUAGUAUGUCUUUAGAGUAAAAAUUUUUAAAGAAAUCUCUUCCUAAAGAACUGAUAUUUCCUAUAUUUUGACUGUACUGUAUUUUUUGUACAUUUUAACAGCUUCUUUAGAAGAUUGACUUCGGUUUCACUGGUUCAUAGAAAUACAAUUUCAGUACCACUGCAAACUGAGUUUUUUUGUAUAUUUAUUUGUAUAUAAUUUUCUCUCUCUCUUUCUCUCUUUUUUUCUUGCCAAAAGUCCUUCACAUUUGAGAUAGAUGGAAAGUUUUAACUGUAUAUAUUUUUCAAACUUUUUUUUCCCCUUCUCCAUGCUGAUUUAAUUUUUAGCAUUGCAUACUGUUUUUAAAAUGUUCUAAAGCAAUAACAAUGCAACUCUUGGUUUUUGCUCCAGGAUUUCUAGUUUGUUGUUCAUAUAUUUUUAUGAGAUUAUAUUUCUGGUGGAAAAUUUAUUGCUGUGGCUUUAAAGGUUGCUCUUCUACAAAUGCCAUUUUAUUCUUGUCAUACAGCUUUGUAGUAAUGGUGUAUGAAAUUGAUGCAAUAAAAUUUUUAGUAUGAA